CUCCCUUGCGAGGGCGCUGAGGAUGCCCGCGCUCGUCCUCGGCGUCGCGCCCGGCCUCCUCGGGGAGCCGCGCGGGUUGGGCGCGCUCCCAGGCGCAUUCCUGGCCGGGCAGCCCCUCCUCCUCGGCCUUGGCCAAGGGGCUGGCGCCUCCCCGCCUCGCCGGGACUGUCUCGUGCCGGCGGCUGCGGACGCUCGUGGGCGCGGGGGCUCCAGGUCGGCGCGUGGCGCACCUGGACCCGGGACUGCGCCUCGCGAGCGCGGCGGGCCGGGCUGCGCUCCCCGCCUCCCGCCUCCCUCCCUGCCCGAGCCACUCGGGGCCGCACGGAGCCCCGCUCCCCGCAGGGGCGGCUGCAGCAUCGGCUGGGACAGCCUCGGCAGGGAAGGCAGACAAAGUUAUUUCCCCUUCCCAAGCAGAAGGGUUCCGAUUGGCAAGAUGGUGCCCAACUGUCCCCGCGCGCUCUUCCUUCUGCUGCUUUUCCUCGCCUGCCCCGAAUCGCGGGCUUCCCAGAACUGUCUCAACAAACAGCAGCUCCUCACGGCCAUCCGCCAGCUGCAGCAGCUGCUGAAGGGCCAGGAGACACGCUUUGCCGAGGGCGUCCGUCUCAUGAAGAGCCGGCUGGCAGCGCUGCAGAGCUCUGUGAGCAGAGCGGGCCCAGACGUGCCCCCAGUUUCCUGCCCUGCUCUGAGCGCCCCUCCAGAUGGCAGAAAGUUUGGGAGCAAGUACUUAGUGGAUCACGAAGUCCAUUUUACCUGCAACCCUGGCUUCCGGCUGGUUGGGCCAAGCAGCCUGCUGUGUCUUCCCAACGGCACCUGGACGGAGGAGCAGCCCCGCUGUAGAGAUAUCAGUGAAUGCUCCAGCCAGCCUUGUCAGAAUGGUGGCACAUGUGUGGAAGGCGUCAACCAGUACAAAUGCAUUUGUCCUCCGGGAAGGACUGGGAGCCGCUGUCAGCAUCAGGCCCAGACUGCCGCCCCCGAGAGCAGCGAGGCUGGGGACCCCGCCUUCAGCCGCGCGCCGCGAUGCGCGCAGGUGGAGCGGACGCAGCACUGCAGCUGCGAGGCCGGAUUCCACCUGAGCGGCGCCGCCGGCGACAGCGUCUGCCAGGAUGUAAAUGAAUGCGAGCUCUAUGGACAGGAGGGGCGCCCCCGGCUCUGCAUGCACGCCUGUGUGAACACCCCCGGCUCCUACCGCUGUGCCUGCCCCAGCGGAUACCGGACCCUGGCUGAUGGGAAGAGCUGUGAGGAUGUCGAUGAGUGUGUGAGCCCGCAGCACGUGUGCCCCCGGGGGACCGUGUGCAUCAACACGGGUGGAGGCUUCCAGUGCGUCAGCCCUGAGUGCCCCGAGGGCAGCGGCAACGUGAGCUACGUGAAGACCUCUCCGUUCCAGUGUGAACGGAACCCCUGCCCCAUGGACAGCAGGCCCUGCCGCCACAUGCCCAAGACCAUCUCCUUCCAUUACCUCUCUCUGCCCUCCAACCUGAAGACGCCCAUCACGCUCUUCCGCAUGGCCACGGCCUCCGCCCCCGGCCGGCCUGGACCCAACAGCCUGCGGUUUGGGAUCGUGGGUGGGAACAGCCGCGGCCACUUUGUGAUGCAGCGCUCGGACCGCCAGACAGGGGAGCUGAUCCUGAUCCAGACCCUGGAGGGGCCUCAGACGCUGGAGGUGGACGUUGACAUGUCCGAAUACCUGGACCGCUCCUUCCAGGCCAACCACGUGUCCAAGGUCACCAUCUUUGUGUCCCCUUAUGACUUCUGAGGGGCCACGGGGUCACGGGGUGCAGAAAUCUGGGCUCAUUUCUCUUCCUCAAGACUCAGCUGCGGGUGUUGACUGUGACAGACCUCUCUCCCCACCCUGCCUCACCCCUGUCCACCCGGCCACCUGCUUGUCCCCCAGGUUCCUAGGGCAGCACUGCAUGCCGUCGCCUGGAGUGGCACAGAAGCGUAGCCCCCCAAACUCAAACUGCUGCCAUGUUUUUCCGCUUUAAGUCCCUCCCCUUAGAUUAGGCACUUUCUCGAAUCUUUUUUUUUUUUUUUAAACAGGGGAAUAGGCAGCUUUUCAAAAUGCUGUGUGAGUGGCAUUGUGAGUUUGAACGAGCUGGAGGGGGGAGGAACUUACAGCAUGUGUCUGAGAUGACUGUCCAGCCUCCUGCCAUUUUUACAGUCGAGCCUUGUUAUGAAGUAGUUCUGGUCACGCUGAGGGUCAAAUCACGCCCCUGUGCACGUGCUGAGUGUGUGUGUGUGUGGGGGGGGGCUUCCUGCCAUAACCUGGCAUGUUCUUGUCUGCAUUCCCGUCUGUGACACGCCUGCCAGCCUUCUCAUCAGAGAACCAUGGCAGGGCCUGGACCCCGAUGCAGAUUCUUCCAGACCAAGGAACCAAUGUUCAAGUGUAGAUUCUGCCUGAAAUCAUAUCUCAGAACGUAACCUGGUAUUAUACCUGAAGAAAUAAAGUCUGUUGCUCCUCCCUGCCCACCUGGCCUGUCCCCGACCGUGAGCGAGCCCAUUUCCUUCUAGGAGGGGGUACCUGGUCCUCUUCCUGUCUGGGCUGGACCCACUGGGGAAAAUGAAUGAGAAAGAAAACACAGAGGAGACGCUGGGAUUGCAGCAUCGAUAGAAAUGUGGCUUGGCCACAUGGGAGGCUGGUAAGGCAACGUCUGGCCGUGGAGAGUUUAAGAGAAUGCUUGAAUUGUCACUGAUCCCAGGACCUUCUACGUCUGAUGGAGGAGCCCGGGGUGACACCUGCCAGGUGACUGAGGAUAGAAAACGCUCACUGGGGCUGGGAGUGGAGUGGGGGCAAACCAUUCCAGUGACAGCUGAGAAGCUAGCGGAGCCGUCAGGAAAUACACAUUCAUCCAGGUGAGAUUUCAUCACAGACAUCCUAUUGAAGAGGUCUUUGUGUUGGCCUUGCUGUGAGGGGGAGCCAGAGGAAGUGUGUCACCAGUUUAGUGACCAAGCCCUACAUCCAGGUGGUUCCUAGGACGCCUCUCUUUGUAAUAUUAUGUCAGACAAAGAGUGAGACACAGUCAAGAGUUGCUUCUGACAUUCUUCUCCUCCUCUGAGCUCAGCUGUGAUCUCUCCAACAACAGAACAGGGGUCUGCAAAUCUGCUUCUCUGGGUUGUUACAGGACAUUAUUAAAACUAUCGUCCAGGGCCUUGUGUUUCCAAAGGGUGAUGGGUCAGAAGCCUGCAUGCCACCCCGUCCCCUGUGCAGAACACCAGGUGGGAGGGCCCAAGGAGUGGCCAUGCUCCUGAAAGUACAAUGUCACAGGCGUGUGACCUUCCUUCUUGCUGGGGGGAGGGUGGGUAAUGAUGAGGGACAAGGCUCUUACCUCCCAGCCCGUAAGGAGUGAUUUGGGGGGGCUACAGAGCAGGUGCCCCCUCCAAACUUGUGUCAGAUGAAGACUUGGAUGCCACACAGGCCCAGUUAAACCAAUGAUUUGCAUCCCUGAGAUGUGCUGUCAUCAGACCUGCUCCCCGUUUGUGAAAAGCCACACUGAGCCCCCGCCCCCAUGUACCCCCCUCCAUGAAUGCCUGCCUGAAUCCACCCUCUCGUGGAUUAUGCCUGGCCCCUCCUCCCUGGGGGAUAGCUUGUUCUCUAGCCUCUCUCAGCUUUCCGCUAUGGAAACCAGCUUCUCCUGUGUCCUUUCAUCGCUUCAGUCUGUGCCAGGUCAGAAGAGCUAGCAAUCAACAGGUAUUAAUUUGCAGCCCUCUCCAGGUAACACAGUUUCAUGUUAUUUGGCAGGGGGGCUUCUA